AUGUAUUUCCACAUAGAAUCUGCCACGUGUGCCACUGUGAGCUGCAAGGGUGGUCAGAAAUGUCUGAUCGAGAAAAAGACCGGACGUCCGAGGUGCGUGACGUGCAACCUGUCGUGCCCGGAACCGGAAACUUCGGGAAAGCGUAAGGACACCGUGGGCGGAAAAGUGUGUGGUAGCAACGACAAAACGUACCACUCUUGGUGUCAGAUGUUCAUGGACGCGUGUGCCACGGGUGUAGUGAUCGAGACCAAGGCAUCGGGACCGUGCCGAGACGGCGAAAUGGAUGUAUUCAACGGCAAUUGGAAUUACGUGAACGCGUCCAACGUACUCAUCGAUGGGAUUUGA